AUGAGCAUCCAGUCCCCACCCAUAGUGCUGGAACUGGCAGGAAGCAGCCUGCUGAGCAACAAGUAUAGGGCUAUCCUGGAUCUGGAGGACCUGCCCAUAGAGCUCUUCCCACCACUCUUUGAGGAGGCUUUCAGCAGGGGACACACUGAGGUCCUUAAGAAAAUGGUGCAGGCCUGGCACUUCACCUGCCUGCCCCUGGGGGCCCUGAGAAAGUCACAGCUUGACAUGAUCCAAGUGGCACUGGAUGGGCUGGACAUGUUGCUUGCCCAGCAGGAUAGCCCCAGAGGCCAUGAAGAAGAAUCAAACAUUAAACAUGGUCCAGCAAUGGCAGCUAAGCCACCAUUGAAGGUAGUCAUAGACUUCUGCCUAACAGAGAGGCCCCUGGAUGAAUUCCAGGCUCACUUGUUCCUGUGGGUCACACAGAGAAGGGACUUGGUACACCUGUGUUGCAAGAGGCCAAAGAUCUUUGAGAAACCCACUGACCACACCAGGAAUGUCCUGAUACUACUGCAGCUGGACUCUUUCCAGAAGGUGGAAGUGCACCGCACCUGGGCACCGUCCACCUUGGCUGCUUGUGCUCCUUUCUUGGGCCAGAUGAGGAACCUGAGGAAGCUGCUUGUCUCCCAGGUCUGCGUGCCUGGCCACACCUCCCCAGAAGACCAGGAGCGGCUGCUCACUCAGCUCACUUUGAAGAAUCUCAGGAUGGACUUCCUGCACCACCCUGAGGGACCCAGUUCCCUUGGAACAUUUCAGCAACCAUUAAUGGCAAAAGCAGCUGCCACCCAUAAGUUCAGAAAAUGGAGAUCUCCUGCAAGAUGUAGAUACUGUGAAUGCAUUGUCAUAUUCCGAGGUGUUAAAUGCAAAGUGUGUCUUCUUGUCUGCUAUAAAAAAUGCAUGGUAAACUUAGCCAUUGUUUGCGGACAUCAGAAACUUCAGGGGAAAACUCACUUAUUUAGAGCAGAAUUCUCACGCAUUGCCAAAAAGGAGCCAGAUGGCAUUGUUUUCAUAAUAAAAAUGUGUUCUACAGAGAUUGAAAAGACAGCCUUGUGUUUAGAAUGAAUUUAUCAUGUCAGUGGCAACAAGGCAAAAAUGGCAAGACUAUGUCAAGCUUUGGAAAACAGUAGGCAUUUAGUAGAUCUGUCCCAAUUUACUUCACAUAACAUCUCUGAAGUGUUAAAAUUACACCUUUAACAGCUACCAGAACCAUUGGUUUUAUUCCAAUGGUACCAGGAAUUUAUGGAGCUUGCAAAUGUCAUUCAACAGAUUAACCAAGAACAGGACACAAAAAGGGACAACUAUGAAGACAACACAUACCGAAAUAUGUGUAUGGAAAUCAACCAAAUUCUUCUCAAAACCAAGGACCUUCUAAGACAAUUGCCACCAUCCAGUUUUAACACUCUACAAUACCUUGUCGUCCAUCUUAAGUGGGUUGUAGACAAUUCUAAAGAAAACCUGAUGAACUCAAAAAACUUGGGGGUGAUAUUCGGACCUUGUCUCAUGAGGCCCAGGCCUACAACCACACCUGGUACCAUCUCCUCCUCCCUUGCUGCAUAUGCCAAUCAGGCCCUGUUGGUAGAGUUCCUCAUUACCAAUGCACAGAUGAUCUUUGAUGUGUCCCUAGAGCCACAAAAUGUUCCAUGUAGUACUUAUGUUGUUGAACCUCAAGUGGGUAAAAGCCCUCCUCCCAAACCUGUAAUAUCAACAGAACAUUCCACAAAGUCACAAUAUUUUUCUACAAAGCAAGAUAUCCACACUGCAGAUAAUGAAAUUGAAAAAUUUGAAUUGACUACAUCAUUUGAGGAAUCAGAAUGCAAACAAAUUGCGUUGGAAAAAUGGGAUGCAUGACUCAUUGAUAACAAAUAACUUGAAUCAUCAUCCCAAAACAUGGAUGAUAUGUGUAAAACCACAAAACCACUUAGUCUGAUAUCUGAUGUGGCAACAAAUGAUAUACAGAGGCCUAUGCCAAGCACCAAGAUCAGACAUUUCCAUUUGCCUACAGAUAGGUUCCAUAUUGAAAGCUCUCCUAAUGAGAGAAACAGCAGAAAUGUGGGAAAUGUGAAUUCAGACAAGUUUUGCCAGAAUCUUACUUUUGAAGUACUUAAUAGAAAAGAUACCCCUACUACUGCUGGUUUCCAAUUUAAUGGCUUUGAUCAGCAGAUUCCACAAAAAACUCAGGCACAACAAUGUGAACCAAAGAACUUAACUGGCAUGAGUGCAGUGAUUGUGCCAAGUGCACUCCAGGAAAAAGUCACAAUGAGCUUCAGGGUUAGUGGUGACCAUUCCUGCGAUGCCACACAGCCCAACAUGCCAGCCAGUUCAGCAAGAGAGGCAUCAGAGAGACGUUCCUCUCAUUCUCACCAUCUUGCUCCUGCAAGAGCACCCAGAAUAUUGCAGAGCCAUCUUGGGACAACAUUUUACAAACCACCUACUCUGACCAGCAAAGUCAGGGGGACUGAGGAGAGACCAGCUUCACCUUCAGCAGCAGUGCCUCCUAGCACAGCUCUUAUUCUCCUGAGUCAUGUGGAGAAAUCUGUUCCAGAGGCAGACAACACAUCAGCUUAUGUUUUGAAGCCAGCUGCUGAGCCUACAGAGACCUGUGAGGAGGUUGGCCUGCCUGACAUGAAUCCAAUGUGCCAAGGACUCAGGCUAAAAAAAAUGGAAGAGUUAAAAGACCUUGAAUUUGAAAUGCCACAGUUUGUGUAG